CGCUGCAAAAAAAGCUAUGAUCUUCGUCACUCGCCUUCGACUUCUAGCCAGAGAAAAUGGCUUCUUCUUCUCUACUAAACCCCUCUCUUUCUCAUCUGCCUCCGUAAUGAUCACUGAUAACGUCGAACCUCGAACACACAGAGAAGGAGGAGAAGAUGAUCCAACAAAAGCUGAAGAUCGUCGACGCAGUGUAACCGAUAAAGCUUACUGGAGAAGACGAAUACACAGUAUCUGCACCGUACAGAAGAAUCCAGACGAAGCUCUUCGUAUUCUCGACGGACUCUGCCUUCGUGGUUAUCGUCCUGAUUCGCUUAACCUCAACAGUGUGAUCCACGCUCUCUGUGACGCCGGAAGAUUCGACGAAGCUCACCGUCGGUGUCUCCUCUUCGUCGAUUCGGGUUUUAUCCCAGAUGAACGAACCUGCAAUGUUAUCGUUGCGAGAUUGCUAGACUCGGGAUCUCCGGAUAGUACGUUGGGUGUUAUUAACCGUUUGAUCGGUGUCAAGAGAGAGUUCGUGCCGUCGUUGACGAAUUACAACCGUUUGAUCAAUCAGCUUUGUUUGAUUCGUAGGGUGUUCGAUGCGCGUAUGAUCUUAAAAGAUAUGAGGAACAUGGGACAUCUCCCAAAUGUUGUGACUUACACUACUUUGAUCGGUGGUUACUUCGAGAUUCGAGAGAUUAAAGCUGCUCAUCAAGUGUUCGACGAAAUGCGUGUGCGUGGCGUAAAGCGUAAUUCUCUCACAAUGAGUGUUGUUAUUGAUGGGUUAUUGAAAAUGAGAGAUGUUGAAACGGCACGGAGGCUGAUGAAGGAACUCUGGGUAUACUUGAAGAAGGAGACUGAUGUAUCAAUUAAAUCAGCAGCUUUUGCGAAUCUCGUUGAUUCUAUGUGCAGGGAAGGUUAUUUCAAUGACGUUUUCGAGAUUGCAGAGAACAUGCCACAAUGCGACUCCGUGAACGUUGAAUUUGCUUACGGGCAUAUGAUAGAUUCCUUGUGUCUAUACAGGAGAAACCAUGGAGCUGCGAGGAUUGUUUAUAUAAUGAAGAGUAAAGGGUUGAAACCGAGAAGAACUUCAUACAAUGCUAUUAUUCAUGGUUUGUGCAAGGAUCGUGGUUGUAUGAGGGCUUAUCAGUUGCUAGAAGAGGGAUCUGAAUUUGGGUUUGUUCCGUCUGAGUAUACUUAUAAGCUCCUAGUGGAGAGUCUAUGCAAGGAACUGGACGUUGGUAAAGCGAGGAAUGUUCUAGAGCUGAUGUUGAGAAAAGAAGGAGUAGAUAGAACUAGAAUCUAUAAUAUCUAUCUACGAGCUCUCUGCGUGAUGGAUAACCCGACCGAGAUUCUAAAUGUAAUGGUCAGUAUGCUUCAGGGAGACUGUAGGCCUGAUGAGUAUACACUUAACACAGUUAUUAAUGGGUUUUGCAAGAUGGGUAGGGUGGAUGAUGCUAUGCAAGUUCUAGGUGAUAUGAUGACAGGGAAGUUUUGUGCACCAGAUGCUGUGACUUUAACUACUGUUAUGUGUGGCUUGCUCACUCAAGGAAGAGCAGAAGAAGCUCUGGAUGUGUUGAAUCGGGUUAUGCCAGAGAAGAAGAUUAAGCCAGGUGUUGUUACAUACAAUGCUGUUAUACGUGGGUUGUUCAAGAUGCAGAAGGGAGAUGAAGCUAUGCGUGUGUUUGAUCAGAUGGAAAAGGCGAGUGUGACUGCGGAUAGUACUACAUAUGCUAUAAUCAUUGACGGGCUGUGCGUGACUAGUGAGUUGGAUAUGGCGAAGAAGUUCUGGGAUGAUGUGAUAUGGCCAUCAGGCAGACAUGAUGUGUUUGUGUAUGCGGCAUUUCUCAAAGGGCUUUGUCGGUCUGGUUGUGUAGUUGAUGCUUGCCAUUUCCUAUAUGACCUGGCAGAUUCUGGAGCAAUCCCUAAUGUUGUGUGCUAUAAUACUGUGAUUGAUGAGUGUAGCAGAAUUGGGUUGAAGACAGAAGCGUACGAGAUGUUGGUGGAGAUGAGGAAGAACGGUCAGGCUCCUGAUGCUGUGACAUGGCGGAUACUAAAUAAACUACAUGAUUCUAGCUGUGGAAGGAGAUAGUUAGUUUUAAACUCUGCAUCCUCUAAUAGGCUGUUUCAAAAGCUAUACAUAUUUUUGGUUCUCAAGCAAUUCGUGGCUUCUGAUAUCAUGAUCACUGGGGGAAGGAAAACACAGACUACUGAUCUGAGAAUUGGUUUUUACCAACGCUGU